GGUCGUGUCUGCAGGGCCGGGACACCGACCCCAGGAUUGCCGGGAUCCCGGGCGGGAGGCAGGAGGCCCCCCCAGCCUCGUCCGGCAACCUCACCGCGGGGAUCCCGAGCGGGGGAGGCCCGCGGGCCGGGGCCGGGGCCGGGGCGGGGGGCGGCGGGGCCAUGAGCAGCCCCGAUGCGGGCUACGCCAGCGACGACCAGAGCCAGGCCAGGUGCGCGCUGCCCAUGAUGAUGCCCGCCGCCCUGGGCCCCUGCCCCUGGGCCGAGGCCCUGAGCCCCUUGGGGGACGUGAAGGCCAAGGGGGAGUCGGGGGGCGCGGCGGGGGCCGGGGGCGGCGGGGGCGGCGGGGGCCGGGGCAAGGCCGAGUCCCGCAUCCGCCGGCCCAUGAACGCCUUCAUGGUGUGGGCCAAGGACGAGCGCAAGCGGCUGGCCCAGCAGAACCCGGACCUGCACAACGCCGAGCUGAGCAAGAUGCUGGGCAAGUCGUGGAAGGCGCUGUCUCUGGCGGAGAAGCGGCCGUUCGUGGAGGAGGCGGAGCGGCUGCGGGUCCAGCACAUGCAGGACCAUCCCAACUACAAGUACCGGCCGCGACGGCGCAAGCAGGUGAAGCGCCUGAAGCGGGUGGAGAGCGGCUUCCUCCACGGCCUCCCCGACGGGCCGGGCCCGGGCCUGGGCCCCGACGGCUGCGGGCCCGCGGACGGCCUCGGUCUCCACUACCACGAGCAGGGCUACCGGCCGGGCCCGGGCCCGCUGGCCCCCGCCCUGGGCCCCUUCCGCGACUGCCCGGGCCUGGCGGGGCCCCACUUCGACGGCUACAACCUGCCCACCCCGGAGGCGUCCCCGCUGGACGGCGUGGAGCCCGACCCGGCCUUCUUCGCCGCCUCCCUGCAGGGGGACUGCCCGACGGCGCCCUACGGCUACCCGGCCCCGGGGCCCGACUACCCCGGGCCCCCCGACCCUCCGGCCCCCCCGGGCCCCGGCCACCCCCGGCCGGGCCCGGACCCGCCGGCCCACGCCUUAGCGGGGCUGCUGGGCCCCGCCAGCCCCCUGCACGUCUACUACGGCCAGAUGGGCCCCGCGGGGGCGGGCGGCGGGCGGGGCUACGCGGCGCAGGCCCCGGCCGGGCCCGGCCAGCCCUCCCCGCCCCCGGAGGGGCUCCCCGGCCGGGAGGGCCUGGACCCGGCCCAGCCGGCCGAGCUGCUGGCGGACUUGGACCGGACGGAGUUCGAACAGUACCUGCACUUCGUGUGCAAACCCGACUUGGGACUGCCCUUCGCGCCCCACGACGGCGGCCUCGCCCUCCCGGACGGCGGCCACGGGGCCAUCUCCUCCGUCGUGUCGGACGCCAGCUCCGCGGUAUAUUACUGCAACUAUCCCGACGUGUAGGGACACGGGAUGCCGUGCCACCGUCUCCCCCGACUCCCCUCUCCCCCCCACCCCCUUCACCCCCCCUGCCCCGGGCCGGCAGCGGUAUAAACAGCGUUGCACACUUCCUGCGCGAGCUAAGGAAAUCCUUUGACCUCUCCCACCCUCCCUCUCGUCACCCCCACCCCCCGAGGCGUGUUUCCACCCAGAGAUUUGUCUCACGGGCUCUCUUGGACCUUAAUUUAUGGUAAUUUAUUUGGCUCGAAUCUCAAGCCAGCCGUUUACAGAGAAAGCAGCCAGCCGGACUCUGACUUGGCCUCCCUAAUCUUUCAAGGGAGGUGGGGGGGAGGGAGAAAGAAAAAUUGCCCCUUCCCAAACUGGAAUCGCGGCGUCCGAUCUGCGUUUUCUGCCGCCCCCCACCCCCCCCCACCCCCAAAUUUCCUCGGCGGUUCAGCGAAGGUCUUGUAUAGUUUGGUUGGGGGUUUUUCGAAAUAAAAUCUGGCCUCUUUU